CUCAAACCUUUGCAUGACCCACAAUGAGUACGUAUACUCGAGCAAUGGUUUGUCUUGCGAUGCUGCUGCUCACAGGUGCGGCGUUCCCUUUAUGCGAAGAUGAUAGCGAGGAAACUGAGGUCAUGGCUAUGCGACAGGAGCUCCUGCAACACAGUGUCCGACACCUGAAGGCAGGGGAAGAGUACCAUGCAACGUCAUCGGCCUCUCAAGAGCAGCUGGAACAGCUUCAGGAGGAAGAGCUGGCCCAGCAGCUUCAGAACGGUGCAAUCGGGGCAAAUGUUGCUUCAAUGCAACAGUUCCUCAAACAGCGAUAUGAGCUGCUGUCCGACCCAACGUGGGAGGGUGAAGGGCGCCCUGUAGAUUGCGCGCAGUAUUCGAUGUUUUGUGACAAGAAGCUGAAGUGUGCAGAGGAACCAUUAACAGCUGGUGAGAAAGAAGCCAUGGAUUCACAGAUUGCUCAAGCUGGCAAGGCCAACCUUCGAAGUUGGUGCCGUGCCUAUCCCAUGUAUUCGACGUCUGUGCAAAAGUGCAUUGUCGAAGGAAGUCCUGACGGAUACGCUGAAGAGAUGUUUCGAUCACAGCAAAAGCUUAAGCUGACUGGUGCAGAUGCCAUCUAUUGUUUUGUGGCCGGACACUGCAACAACACAGAGGUGAAUGAAACAACAACAAUAGAAGAGGCAAGUGCCUUUUGUGACAAGCACUACGGUGAGAGGUGGACAAAGAUUGGCUGGAAAGACUUCAUGGCUGUGUUGGCUCGUGCACUGGAAAUGGGCACCACACACCAGAUUCCAAAGGAGUGGAAUGUGACUGGCUGGAACUCUUUGAUGAAGCUGGCCCACCAUGAAGCAGACAUAUCGGCCAUGACUGCAUGUGCAAUGGGCAACUUUCAGUGUGAUGUUGCUUACUGCAAAAAGAAUUAUUGCACUUCUCCAAAGUAUCGAGCAAAAUUUGGGAACUUGUCGUGGUCCUACGAAGGAUGAUUAGCAACGAAUGUGCACACGUUUGUAUGUUAGCAUUUCUUAGUAGGUGAUCUCUGAAGGAAGCACCUGUCCAUAGGUCUGAUCAACAAGACGAUUGCCACAGCUUCCA